AUGUGGCAAGAUCAAAAGCAAACAUCAAAUUCUCCAUUUGAUUGUGCUGUAUGUGGUGCUUAUGUUUAUGGAAAUAAUUCUGGUAUUCGGACAUGUUUACCAUGUAAAUCUUUUUUUCGACGUCAUGCUUUUUUACCACCUGAUACAUUAAAAUGUAAUCAAAAUGGAACAUGUUAUAUUGAAGCAGCUCAAAGAUAUUUUUCAGCAUCAUUACCACCAUGUCGAGCUUGUCGUUUAAAAAAAUGUUUAUCACUUGGAAUGGAUCAAAAUUUACUUCGUAGACGUUCUGCAAGUAGUCCACCUUCAAUAUUAAUUGAUAGAUUUUUCAAUAAUACGAUUAUUAAAACUUCUUCAUUAGAUGAAAAUGUUGUUUUAUCUACAAAACAAACAACAACGAAUAUAAAUACAAAAAUGAAUAAUAAUAAUGAAAUAAAAUUUAAUCGUAUUCGUUCUUCAAGUGAUAUUACUGAUCGUCAACAACAAUUUUAA